UUUUUAAUGAGACUUAUAACAAAUUUUUAAUGGUUAAUAAGUAAUAUUUUUAUUUUGUAGUUGAUUACAGAAUUGCUUACUGAUCUACCAAAAAGAUUUGCAUCUAAUGGGGAUGUUAACAGCUGUCUUGGUGCUGCUCUUCAAGUUGCUUACAAGCUGAUGUCUCCAAUAGGUGGUCGAGUAACAGUUUUUCAAAGCAGUUUACCUAAUUAUGGUCCAGGAGCCUUAAAAAACCGUGAAGAUCCAAAUCAAAGAGCCGCAAAGGAUGUUUCAAACAUUGGACCAGCUAAUGAUUUCUACAAAAAGCUUGCACUAGACUGUUCUGGUCAGCAAAUAGCUGUUGAUUUGUUUAUGCUUUGCUCACAAUAUAUAGAUAUUGCCACAAUUAGUGAGUUAUUUUAAUUUCUAA